AAAUUUCUUUUUUAGUAGCGUUCUAUAUCUUCCAUCAUCGACCAUCCCAAGUGAGGCUAUCUCAACGAAUAGUGUAAAUCAAAAUGUACAUAUCAGUGGUGAUACUUGCCAUCAUUGGCCAAGUAUUAACUCAGGAAUGUGGUAUUUGCCCACCUGGGCCGUGUAAUCCGGAUUCUAGAUGUCAAGUUGCACAAGAUCCAAUGAAUCCCAUUAAAUUGCCACAUGCGGAUUGUGGAAAAUUUUACAAAUGUAGUGGUGGUAAUGCCUGCGAGAUGAGUUGUCCUGCUGGGCUGCACUGGAGUGAAAACCUCAGUCGUUGUGAAUGGCCUCAUGUUGCUUGCUGUGAUAAGAAUAUCCCCUGCACACCUUGUCCAGAGCAAUGUCCCACUCCGGGUCCAGUACCAACUACAACUACAACUACAACAACGACAACAACAACAACUAUAGCAACGCCAAGUACAACUCCUGAUGACAACGUAUGCCUUCCCUGUGUGACGCAGUGCACUGAUAAUCCCAGAUGUCCUUUGAAUGACGACCCCAUGAAUCCAACGCUUCUACCCCAUGAAAAUGAUUGUACAAGAUUCUACAAGUGUUCCAAUGGUCAAGCCUGUCUGAUGCAGUGUCGUGCGGGAGAACAUUUCAGCGAAAAACUACUAAGAUGCGAAUGGCCCAAUUAUGCAUGCUGUGACAAGAACAUUCCAUGUGAACCAUUCCCGGAUCCAACUGACCCGUGCUGGCCUAACCCGUGUCCUGUUCUGGACUGCCGCCCAGAUAGUGGUUGCCCAACCAUAGACGACCCUUUGAAUCCAAUUCAUAUACGAAAUCCAGCAAGCUGUCUAUCUUUCUACAAAUGUUUACAAGGACAGGCUUGUCUCAUUUCCUGUCCAGUAGGUCAGCAUUGGAGCAACCAAUUGCAGCGCUGUGAAUGGCCACACAUAGCUUGCUGCGAUCCAAACGUAGUGUGCUGUGCUCUGUGCCGCGCCGACAGACAACAGGAGCUAGCUCGAGUUUUCGGUGUUAAAAUGUACAAAUAAUUUAUUCACAUUGCUGUAUCAAUUUGAUAGGAAAUCUGCAGAUACACAUAACAAUAUGGUUAAACUAAUGCUGGAUACUGAAUAAUAAUAUUUGUUGAAGCAGUAAUUAAACUUUCUUAACAGCUGAAUAUCCAACUUACACGUGCAGGAAAGAAAGUACCAUUGUACAAUAUGCUGUAUCUUUUUUACAAUUUUAGGCUAAGUGGCCCAUCAUUGGACUGAUCGCAAAUCGUGAUCAUUCUGUGACAAUAUCAAAGAAAUAAAACUAGAACUCCUAAACCUUAAAA